CCAAGGGCAUUUUGAAUGACGCCUGAUCAUGAAGAUCCACCGGUGGAACCAGCUAAAUUAUUUCGGGUACAACGUAUUAAACCUGUUAAAGGUAACCCUUUUUGGGAGAAGCGUAUUCUGAAAGAUCUCGGACUUGAUGGCAAGCAAAGCGACUUCACAGUAGUAAAGAACAUACCAGACGUGAAUGCAAUGCUGUGGAAAAUAAAGCAUUUGAUCAAAGUGACGCCCGUUACUUUCCCGUAUGGUGAACCAACAGCGAAUGACCUCAAACACACAAUACUUAAGGAGAAUGGUGAAUGUAUUGUAACAAAAGAAAUUGGCCCUGUCGUACAGCGAUUGGAAGCUGCUGAAGCAUUCGAAACCGAUCCAAACCGUCUAGACACUGAUUUAUUAAAACGUGAUGCACGUAUGAAAUGGCUUAAUCCAUGGUAAAGCAAAAACGCCAUGUUAUUUAAAAUAUAGAAAUGUAUGAUACUUUAAUGUAAGAAAUGCUUAAAAUUAACUAAUAAACCCUGGGUUUUCAAUUAA